GUACAGCAGCACCGUCAUUCGACUUGCUUCUUUCUCUUAGCUCACAACAUGAAAUUUCUGGUGAUUGUCUUGGCCGCUUGCGUGGCCGUUGCCUCCUGCCAGGAGACGCGAGAGAAGCGCGGCCUCCUGGGGGCGGGAGUGCUGGCCGCCCCCGGCGCUGUGCUGGCGCCGCGCGUCCUCGCCGCCCCUGCCAUAGCCGCCGCCCCCAUCGUCGCCGCCCCCGCCAUCGCCCACGCCCCUCUGGGCCUGGGCCUGGGCCUGGGUCACCCCAUCAUCGGCUGAACAGCUUCAUGCUAAUGUCUUUGUGACUGUGUGUAUUUACUGCGUGUCCAUAAAUAAAGUACCUAUAGCCUCA